UAUUGACCAUCAUAUAUCUCAGGCCGCAGUGUUAUUGUAAAAACGUCACAAAAACAAAAAUAUAUUCUCAUUUAGUAUUAGUAUAUGUAUUAUCAGGCUAAAUAUAAAGGUCUCCGAAAACAAAAGUUAUAAUUUACAAAAUAAUUGACAAUGCAUUCUCUGCGACGUUUUUCAUUAAGUUUAAGAAUUAGAUAUUCAAAGAAGCCAAUCAAACAGGGUUUUUGUAAAGAAAGAGCGAGAUCUUUGUCUACAGUUGAAAAUCCGCCAAAUUUAAUAUCAAGCUCUCAGUUCAGAAUACCGAAAUGUAUUGUUGGACAGCCAACCUGCUACACUCACCCACACAUGAUAUCGGAAGGUUAUCUGACAUGUGGUAUAACUCAGCAAGAGUACAAGGAAAGGAGAGACACUUUAGUGAGCCAGUUAGUAGCUGAAACAGAACAUGCACACAAAUCACAUGUUAUAGUAAUUCCAGCCGCUCGUAAGCAGUACAUGUCUGAUAAGAUUCCCUAUGUCUUCCGCCAGAACUCUGACUUCUUUUAUUUAACUGGAUGCUUGGAGCCCUCUGCAAUACUUGUUUUGAUCAAGUCAGGACUGGGAGAUGUGUAUACGAGUGUGAUUUUUGUACAUGAGAAAGAUAGCCAUGCUGAAUUGUGGGAGGGACCUCGCACGGGAUGCGCGGUGGCGGGGUCGCUGUUCGCAGUCGACGAGGCUCGACCUGUCGAACAUUUUAGUAAUUUUAUUUUAAGAAUAGUCUCUACAUCAAAGCCAGCUGUACUCUGGUAUCAGAACGACAGUCCACCAAAUCCUGACAUACACGAGGUCGUUCGCUCGACGCUUCGGCAGGGUCACGUGUCGUUGGCAGAUCCUCAGAAAUACCUACACCAGAUGCGAGUGAUCAAAUCUCCAGCUGAGGUGGAGUUGAUGAAGGAGACGUGCUACAUCGGUGCACAGUCUAUGAAUCUGGCCAUGGCGUGUACGAAACCCGGCGUGAGCGAGCACGGCGUGUGCGCGGCGCUGGAGUACGGCGCGCGCGCGGCGGGCGCGGAGCACGGCGCGUUCCCGGCGGUGGUGGCGGGCGGCCCGCGCGCCGCGCACAUACACUACGUCGCCAACAACCAGCUGCUCGCGCACGGGGACCUGCUGCUCGUCGACGCAGGUAGUCAAAGGUGGCUGUACAACUCCGACAUUUCGAGGACAUGGCCAGUCUCCGGGAAGUUUUCGAAACAUCAACGGAUUUUAUACGAACUGGUGCUCACAGUGCAGAAACGUCUAAUAGAAAUACUCGGCGAACAUCGUCCGCCUCUGGACCAGCUGUUCGAUCACAUGUGCCGCUUGCUCGGGACACACUUGCAGCAGGAGGGCAUCUUGCCGCGGAACAUUGACUCCAACGAACUAAUCGGGAAAGCGUACCGCCUGUGCCCGCACCACGUGUCGCACUACCUCGGCCUCGACGUGCACGACGCGCCGCUCGUGCGCCGCCGCGUGCCCGUGCGGAGCGGCAUGGUGGUCACCGUCGAGCCAGGCAUCUACAUCCGCCAAGACGACACCUCCGUGCCCGAGGAGUUCCGAGGAGUUGGCAUCAGGAUAGAAGACGACGUCCUCAUCACGGACGGUGACCCGCUCAUACUCACAGACACCUGUGUGAAGAAAGUCGAAGACAUAGAGAAUAUUGUUGGCAAACAGAACGUUUGAUCGUUUUUCAAUCGAAUCGCUAUUCAAUGGACGAAUUAAACUUAAUUUCCUGAUGAAAGUGUUUAUGUAAGAUGUAAAAUUAGCUUCCAUUUUUAAGUGUAAUACUUAAUAAUCUUCACUUGGACAUGAGUGACCAGACAAAUAAUUAAUACUGUAUUUCAUGUUUAAUGUUAUUAGUAAAUUGUAUUAAUAGUUCCUGUACAAAUAUAACUUAACCUUUACGUUAAAUACAUAUUCAGUAUAUUUUAA